AUGGAGCCGCUGGUGGCAUGCGGCGUGCGUGCGCUAUGGCACAGCAGCCCAGCACCGAGAGUGGGUGUGCUGAUGGUUUGCGGCAACCCUGGAAUCUCGGAGUAUUACCGUCCCUUUUUGGAUGCCAUGUGUCGAUCGCAGGACGUGGAUCAGCAUUGCACGAUCCUAUGUGCGUCGUACCUUGGGAUUGAUGCGCCAGUUCCGGGCGCGCCGUCACCUACAGGGAUGUAUGGGACACUAGACCAGUUGUACUAUACGCUCGAAGAGCAAAUUGAUGCUCAGGAGCGUGCGCUGGCAUACUUACAAACACGGCUCCCUCCCGCAACUCCGAUUGUGGUGAUGGGCCACAGUGUAGGCGCGUACAUUGCCGUGCGUCUUUUUCAGCGGGCACCGGAAGCAGUCAAAGGGCUUCAGCUGCUUUUUCCUACCUUGUCUUUCAUUGGCGAUGCGCCGCGCGCGGCGUCCGUGCGGUGGCUCCUAAGUCCGCUUGGGUUUGUGUUUGUGCAGCUUCUUGCUGGGUUCUUGGCUCUUCUGCCUUUUUCCUGUGUUACUGCACUUGUCUCGCGCGUAACCGGGCAGCAGCCGCAUAUGGCGACGAUCACAGCGGGGCUCGCAACGCGCCCCGGCUCGUUGAGGUGUUCGGUCGCGCUUGCACACGACGAGUUUGCCACGAUCCGCGAUAUAGAUUCUCACUUUGAAGCGCAAAUUCAAAAGUACGGUACGCGUUUGCACACGUACUGGGGCGCAGGCGACUCCGACACAUGGGCACCUGCUGCUUUCCGGCACCAUGCGGAAAAGACGCUCGGUCUGUCCGCAUGGGCUGUUUCAGAGGACAGCGGUGUGCAUGUGCCGCACCGGUCGUCUACUGAGUGUGCGCUCGGCAUGCCGCACUCAUUUUGCCUUGCACACGGAGAUAGUAUGGCCCGAAUCUGCACAGCGUGGCUGCUGCAGGACCACGCACGUAGCGCGAAAUAA